AUGUUUGAACAGAUGAAGAUAUUGAAUAGCGCUCGAGGCGCGAGCAUGGAGACUCUGGCAGACGCACACCGUGGAAAUGUAGAAAAGCUGAAGCAAGAGCAUGGGGCUGAGCUGAAGUCGCAACUUGCAGAGAUUGAGAAUUUGAAGCAAGAACAGAGGGCUGAGCUAAAGCGAUAUCGUGCAGAGAUUGAGAAGUGGAAGCGAAAGCAUGCGUCUGAGCUAAAGUCGGUGAACGAGCAGCACCAAGCGGAGAUUAGGAAGAUGAAACGAGAGCGUACGACCGAGAAUGGAGUGGGAGCUUCCAAUGCGGCUAUGGUUCCUUUGUUCAAAAAAGAGAUCGCGAAGAUGAAAGAGACAUUCGAUGAAGACCAGAAACAGAAGGGAGGCAUGUAUCGCGAGAUACAAGGUUACGCAACCCGGGAGCAACAACUACUUCGAGAGGUAGAAUCUCGGGCAAACGGACAGAAGGUUGCACUGCUUACUCUCCUCGACUACCACUCCAGUAAACUGGAUGAUGCCCAUAUCAAACAGAUUGAGGAGUCUCCGGAACUCAUCGAAGCUUGCGCCAAAGACCAAGACUUGGCACGUAAGUACAUGUUGGAGAGCGAGAAACGAGCUGAAGAGAUGGAGAGGAAAUGGGCUACAUUGAAGAAUUACGACAAUGUGACUUAUCGUGAACGUAUUCGGAAAAUGCUCGAAGUUGCUGCCGCAAGCGGAGUUCAGUUGGGCUUGACCAGAGAAGAAUUGUUCGCGGACGAGGAUAAGGUGUCGUUGUAA